AUGUCAGGUGGCGUUUUCUGUGUCUGGGCAAACCUGCCAGAGAAAGUGACAGAAUGGUACAAGGACGAAUACUUGGCGGCACAGGACCACGUGGAUUCUGUACACACGAUACAAUGCGAAAUCACUGCGAGCGGCAUGGAACAUGAGCCCGUCGGAAAAUUAGAUGCGCCAUGGCCUUGGCUUACAGUCUACGAAGUUAAAGAUGUCGCCCAGACAAACAAAGAAGUCGAUGUCGUAUGCAAUGACCUUCCGGAGGUGGCAAAGAGUGGUCCACUCAAGCAUGUGCACUUCGACGUAAGGUCAUACCGAGAAAUCAAAAGAUGGCAGGAUAGCGAUUGGGAAGGCGAUGGGAGUGCGGACAUCGAACAUGUCGCGAGCGUAGCAGCUAUGGAAUGGACGAUGGAUGAUGACAAAGAAGAGGAAAUUCUGAAGUACUACUAUGACGUCGUGGGGCCUACCAUUUCCAGCUCCCCAGAUGUGCUGCGAUUCCGUCUCUUCAAGCUCGACCGUGCAAUUGUUGUCGACAAGGACCAGAAGAGCACUAUUUUGGAUAACAAGAAUCUUCAUAAAUACUUUACUCUCGUCGAGCUCGCAUCGGAAGAAUGGCCUUGGGACGUUGUUGUCGACAUUGCCGAGAAGCCAGGUUGGGCAGAGUACUUUGAAACACAGACAGUCGUGAAAUGGCAGCUUAGUCAUUACCUGGUUAGGUCGGCACACUGGAAGGGCAAGGAAGAAUCCUCCGCUUCCUAA